CACAGUUCACAAUAGGAUUUGUGGCCCUGUGAGAAUCAAAUGCCACUGCUGAUCUGACAGGAAGUGGAGCUCAGGUGGUAAUGACUAUUCACCUGCCACUCAUCUGCUGCUGUGGGGCCCAGUUCCUAAAAGGCUAGGGACUAGUACUGUUCCUAAAAGGCCAGAGACCAUGGCAUGUUAUUGUAUUGAAUAAUGUAGGCAGUUGUAACACUACAGUAUUUGUGUAUUUAAACAUAGAAAAUACUACACAUAGUAUUUGUGUAUCUAAACAUUGUGUACAGUAAAAAUAUGAAGGAUUAAAAAAUGGUGCACCUGUAUAGGGCAUUUACCAUGAAUGGAGCUUGCAGGACUGGAAGUUGCUCUAGGUGCAGUGAGUGAGUGAUUAGUGAAUGUGAAAGCCUAAGACAUUACUACACACUACUAUAGACUUCAUAAACACUGUACACUUAGGCUACACUACAUUUAUUAAAAAUAUUUUUCUUUAAUCAUAAAGUAACCUUAGCUUACUGUACCUUUUUUACUUUAUAAUUUUUUUAAAAAAUUUUGACUCAUACAUUAGCCCAUACAUUAUACAUACAUUACAUUAACCUAGGCUUACACAGGGUCAGGACCAACAGUAUCACUAUCUUCCACCUCCACAUCUUGUCCCACUGGAAGGUCUUCAGGGGCAAUAAUAGGUAGCAGCUGUCAUCUCCUAUGAUAACAAUUCCUUCUUCUGGAUACCUCCUGAAAGACCUGCCUGAGGUGUUUUUACAGUGAACCUUUUUUUUUUUUUUUUUUAAAUAAGUAGAAGGAGUACACUCUAAAAUAAUGAUAAAAAGUAUAGUGUAGUCAAUACAUAAAGCAGUGACUUGGUUGUUUUUUAUUACUGUAAAGUAUCAUGUGCUGUCCAUAAUUGUAUGUGCUAUACUUUUAUGUGACUAGCAGUGCAGUAGGUUUGUUUACACCAACCUCACCACAAACACAUGAGUAAUGUGUUGCACUACAACAUUAAGACUGCUACGACAUCACUAAGUGAUAGGAAUUUUUUAGUUCCAUUAUAAUCUUAAGGAACCACCAUCCGUGUGGUCCAUCAUUGACUGAAAUGCUGUUAUGUGGCUGGUGACUGUGACUGUAUGUCCUUUCCUCCAGCAGGUCUCCUCCCCUUGCUCCUCUGCCUCACCCUGUCCUGUGGUGUGAAGUGGUCAGCUUGAAUUCAGGACUGGGAGAGUGGCAGGGCCAGCCCUAGAGUGAGCCCAGAGAGGUGCCCUCCCAGGGGCAUGCAAUGCAGGGGUAGCUUCAGAGGGAGCAGCUCCUUACAUUUUGCAUAAUAGGCUCUUCUCUUGCCUCACCCCAGUCCCUCCCCAGUAGACUGGCCUUUUCCACCAAAAUGACAACAAAAAACCUGGAAUGUCAGGGUUGGAGAAUGCCUUUAAUGUCAUGUGAUGCCAGUUUCUCAAAGUGUGGUUCAUGGAGCACCUACAGGAAACUUAGCAGAGUCUAAACUGCAGAUUCCUGGGCUCAGGCCCAGAUCUACAGAUUCAGAAUCUUUGGGAGGUGGUACAGGAAUCUGCAUUUCAAUAAAGAAUCUCUGGCACUUCUUACACAUCAGCAGUUGAGAACUUCUGCUAGGUGCUUGCUUACAACACCAACACACAACAGCCUCACAAAGCAGCCUGCUUCAGGUCUAAGAAGGCCACUGUUACAAAGUUUAUGACAUGGGGCACAAUUCGGCCUCCCUGUAACUUCAUUCUGCCUCAGAUCUGUCACCGGCAAUGACCGGGAAUCAAUUUAAUCCCUUUUCUAGGUGGCAGUCCUCGAGUCCAUAGGGCACCUCUCAUAUCCUCAGCCCACUUUGAGUACUUUCACCCUAUUUCCUAAGCAGCCGCUGUUUGGUCCUCUCGUCCUUGUGUGCCACCAACAUGCAGGAAGAGCAAGGGGUGAGAAGGGGCUCGCACCAGAACUAAGUCCCUAGGUUUAGGGCCUAAGGGACUGAAAUGAAAUGUUUCCCGUGGGAAUUCCUAACUCCAAGGGGUCGGCCAUCUUUCCACAGCUCCCGGGGUCGCUCUGCUGCCCCCCUGCGGGCCUAGGGAACACUGCAGGGGUAUGAGCAGGCGGAGGGGCUGCUCACCCCACACGUGGGAGUGGGAAAUGGAGAGAACCCGCUCCUUAGAGGAAAAGCCACGAGUUGCUGUUGUGCUGCAGGAGAGAAAGGGAGAAAGAAAGCGUGCGACAGGGAGUGGGAGCCCCAAGUGAAGAGGAACCUCACAGAGUCAGGCCUGAACACCGGGACCACAGAGGUGCUGAGUGCUGCCCGAUUCUGGAUCCCACCCUGCUCAGCUCAGGAGCCAGACAAUGAAGGCAUCCUAGGGAGGUUGUGGAAUGACCCUGAGACACAGUAGAACUUUGUCAGCAAGCAAGAACAAUGCCAGGAGGUCUGGAGAAAACGUGUCAUCAGUGCAUUUCUAAAAUCGCCAGCAAUGCCUGCUUCGUUUUUGUGCUCUGCGCUUUCCUGGCUCUACCUCUGUCCAUGGCCUUCAUAGGAAUGAAAUUUUUGGAGGACUGCCCUAUACAGCCCCUCAUACCUUUAUAUUUGCUAGUGGGUGGCAUCGUCGGCACCUUAAAGGUGUCUCUCCUGUUGUACGACUCCACCAGGAUGAGGCGGCUGCUGUCCAAGGCCGUGGUGAUCGAUGAUGAUGACGAUGACGAAUACCCCUGGAGGCAGAAUGCGCACAGAUACUACAUCCACCUCCUGCUGAGCCUCUUCCUCUUCCUCUGGUUCAUCCUGGGAAACUACUGGGUCUUUUCUGUGUACCUGCCUGAUUUUCUUCCCCCUUUCCAGCAGCCUCAGGACUACUGUGACAAAACCCUGUACCUCUUUGCAGUUGGAGUCCUGGCACUCAGUCACACGGUGCUGGGCUUGCUCCUGCUGUGCAGCGGCUGUGUCUACCUGUGCUCCAGGUGGAGACUUGCUGCCGAUGAAGACUGACAGCUGCCUUGUCCAGCAUACCAUGUAUGCAUGCGUGCGCGCGCACACACACACACACACACACACACACAGGUUCAGGAGAAGGGCAUAAAGGUAAUAAAAUCUUCCCUGAAGGUAUUUAAAAAGCCACCCAAAUGCACUGAAUAUGAUAGUGGACUAAAGAAACUCUUGCCUUCCUAGACAUGGGGAAAUCACUUCUGCUCUUUUCAGAGUAGGAAUUUUGUUCUCACAAGAGUUUUCAAAGUUAUCAUUGUUUUUGAGGGGAUGAAGUGUGAGAGGCAAAGAAUGGGAGACCUUUUCAAAUCAUAGUGCAGUUUCAAUGACUGGUACAAGAACAAGGCUGGUUGUUGUUACUGCUGCUGUCAUUCAGUCAUGGUCACCUUGAAGUUAUAGAAAGUGCACAGACUUUCAAACAAGAUAUAUCUUAACUUCACUCACUAUGAUGACUUUUGUUAUUAAAAGGAAAAAGAUACUCUUUUAGUGACUCUAGCUGCCUUUUGGGAAAGCGAAGGUGCAGUCUCUUCCAGCCAUGUAUCAGAUGGGUUUGAUGUGAUGGGUGGAACAUCCCAAGGUCAGCUGUAAAAUCUGCCAAUGUCAAAGCAGUCGCUUCCACCUAGGGGGCGGGCUGGCCUGCUAGCCAGGCAUUGCGGAGUGCAGUGCCGUGUGCACCGUGUGCCGCUGCUGCAGGUUCUUUGCUUGGCCUUGAGUCUGUCUCUGCCCCUGGCUAUUUGUGUACCUCUCUAUGAUCUGCGGCUGGCUGGGUGGCAUAAACCAGUUUUGUAUGUUUCUGGACAGGUUGCAUGAGUUGGGUUGCCGUCAGUGUAGCUGUUUUUGGUUUCUGAGCUUAACUAUCAAAUAAUAGCUCCUCAACCUAAUGACCAGUUAGGCUUUGGAAGCCUUUUGUAAAUUGAGAUGUCUGGAAGUCCAGGAUGACACCAAACAGUGACCACUAACCUUCCCUCUGGCUGUUGCUGUCGAGAGAUGAAGUCCAGGUCUGUUGUCAGUGCUUGCUGGGGAGCCUCUUUAUGAGCAAAGUCCCACGCUUUAGAAUUUUGUAUGAAGACACUGUCAUGAAUGUUUCUAGGGCAAUGCCCAGGGGUGUGUGGCACCUGCUUAACUGUGCUUCUCUCAGCCACAUGCGUAGCUUUUCUGUAUAUUUACACACUGCUGAACUGUGUUUAUUUUUUAAUUUUUUAAUUUUUUCGUUCUUUCUCAUCAAACCAAUCCCUGAGUGGCCAUGAAUGGAGGUACCUCCCUUCAUCAGAAGUGUCAGCUCAAACCAAGAGGCUCAUUCUUCUCUGUGGCUUUAAGAGAAAGGCCCUGUGAAUCCCAUGGGGUCUUCCCAUUUCAGUUUAGAAGCUCUCCCCGGGCAGUCACCAUUGGUCCCCCUUUCCUCCCAGGUGAGAAGAAAGUGCUUGGUGUGCCAUCUGCUGGACAAAGGAGGAACAGCCCUUUUUUUGCCCCUGUCUCUAAGGGCAGUUUCUGUUUUCAUUUUCACUCGUGCCAUGACAGAAGACCAGCGGGUGUGCAGUUUGCAGAUCCCACCUCAUCUAUGAUGCCAGAUUCUAUCCUCACUGUGUCCCAUGUUUCCCUCUCUGUGUCUGGGGAGAGUCUGUGGGCUACGAUACUGGGGUGGACAGGGGUUCCAUGGGCUCCCCUCCCACCCUCCUUUCCCCAGUCUGUGACUCGUCAGACACUCCCAGUCACUUAGCCAAUGCUUGGACAUCUGUGAGCAGCAAAGAUCUGGGCCCAGGAACGCCUGCAUGACUCCCACAUGAAAGCCUCUGAGGCUUCUGUUGCGAGGGCCUUGGCGAAGGCGGAAAGAGCUGUGGACAACCAUAAGCAUGAGGAUUUCUGUUAGCAGAUGGCAGGUACUGGUUAGUGCUUUGGAUACAUCAUUAGCUAGGUCUCAAAAGUUGGACAUUCCCAGUUUCUGGUAGGCAUGAGUAUCACCAGAGUGUUGCAGAAAUCCUUCCCAGAGGGAGUAGUGGAUGGAGUGAGCUCAUUCUCAUAUGCACCCCCCCAGCCCACCCCCAGUUGCAAUGGAGAAUAUUGGUCAUAGGUCCUAAAUAAUUGCUAAAAUCUGGACUAUAUUUUUGGCUUUCAGUUUCCUUGUCACCAAAGCAGUAAGGAAGAGGUGAUGAUCUCUUCCUAUAAGUCACACAUCUUCCCUGGUUUGAGGUUACAGUGAGCUAUGAUUGCGCCAUUGCACUCUAUUCUGGGUGACAAAAUGAGACCCUAUCUCUAAAAGACAAAAUUACCCCCUUCUGGAGAAACAGGUUAGAUCCGAAAGAAAAUGUUCAUGUGCGUUCAUUCAUAGAGAGGACACUGAGCGGUUCAGUGGGUGACAUCUUCAGCGCAGCAGGCUUUGAAUGAUAACUGACUAAGACCUCCCUCAGGAGAUGGUGAGAUGGUUAUGAUAAGGCACAUUUCAAGAAAGAGGCUCUGGGGCCAAGGCAAAUGGUCUAUAACCAUGGUUCUUUGAAGUCUGGCUUAAUCCAGGGAUGACAUCCAGACUGUCUAGGAAGGGCUGAGCUGCGUGCCCUUUAAGUGACCACCUGUUAGUAUAAUUUCACUCAGCUGGAGGUGAGUGUAAGAAGUUCCUGGUUAUAGAAGAAGUUAGAAUCCUUGGCAUGGCCUGAAGUAGGCAUUCCACACUGAUGUGAAAUGUGCUGUGUAUACCUGCAGAAUGAAAAUGCCCAUCUAAGACUGGCCCAAGACCUGGGCAGCCUUCCUCCAUGGGAACCCGGCAAGGCAAUGGGAAGUGGACAUGGGAGCACCUGAACCUUCCGGAGGCUAUGAAACCUCAAGGGAACAAAUUAUGUGGCAGAGAGGGAUGAUCAGUUCUUCCCAUCUGAGAAAAGACUGCAGCAAAGAUCAACUCUAUGUUGAGGUCAUUUUAUCUGCUACAUCGGGCAUCAUGCUAAAAACCAUUAUUUGCCUGAAUUUGUACAAAUGACAGUUGAAAGCAGUAAAAGUGGGACUGUUUCACGGAAGUCAGCCACACCAGUGGUUCUCAAACCUUGGUGAACCCUCAGAGCUACCCAAGGACUUGUUUGCAAUGCAGAAUCACAGCCCCCAGAGACUCUGACUCGUGGGGCCUGGCUGGUUCUGAUUCAGUGACCGGAGAACCACAUGUGUGCACUUGGGCCACACAUACAGCCUGGACUGGCUUAUGUCAGGCCCAUCUUGGUUGUCACCAUGAGGACAAUAUAAUGUCGUUUCCAGUACUUCGUAUUUCCUUCUCUUUUAGUAUGAGAAGUGGCCAAGUGGUCAAUAGCUUUCAUUUUUGUGUAACUGAAUCUUGUGCUUCAUUUCCUUCUGGGCAUUUUUCAUUGUUGAUGAAAUAAACUUUGUUCAAUUUGU